ACUUUUUAUCUUCUUAAUGCUGUUGCAUUUCAACUUGUCUCCCGAAGUUCAUUUAAAUUUGGUGUGACGAGAAGAUAUCUUGGUCUCAUCAAGCAAAACAAGGUAGGUCAAGUAAAGCGACGAGGGUUCGCAAUGUCGAAAGCAAGUGGUUGCAAUCAUUAAUAUGUAGCGAUUUUGUUUAAGUGUAGGCUAUCARAAUGGCGAAGCAUCGGAGAGAGUUCUUUUAACUUUGUUGUAUCUAGGGGAGGUWGACGGAGUACUUCCACUAUUACCUUUCGCGGUGCUUUCCAGCACGCAAAUAUCGUUCGUAAUGUGACAUCGGUGUUCGAUAGCUUUCUGUUCGCCUAGAUGAAUUAUUUCUGAUAAUUUUCUAAAAGUGUUGUGUUCUCUGAUCCUCAAACAUGUUUCUUUUCUUCUAGUACAAUAAUGGACGUUGCAAAAAUGGAAAAGGUGGAGACACCUAAGUCUCCUGCCAAAAUGAGUUUCUUCAGAAAAUGGGGACCCGCUCUUGUGGCAUUGGUCGGUGUUUUCGCUCUAAAUGCGAGCUUAUUCGGACCUACRCUUUCCGAUAUGCCCGACAUGUCUGAGAAGAUGUUGAACCGACGCGCACUCGCUGAAAAGCGAACCGCUGAUGUCUUGGCCAUGGCUCCUACGCAAGAGUCCACUAAAUACACACCUCGUUCCCGCGGCUUCGGAAGCCGGAAUCUUUCCGCCGAAGAUGGUGGUGUUAUGGAAUACACCCGUCGUCGCCACCGAUACCUCGGUGAAUACGUCCACGUUGAUGUAUCCGACCAAUUUACGAAGUUCGGAAAGUGGACCGUUUCUAUCAUCUACUUCGCAUACUGGGUCUUCCUCAUGUUCCCUAACUGGUUCCUCCCUAUUGGACGUCCUGGUAUUGCCCUUGGCGGAGGUCUUUCCAUGGUUGUCUGGCGAUACAUUCUUAUGGUAACCGAACAGGGUCCUUUCUUUGAUGCGGAGCGAGUAAUUAUCCUCGAGCCUCUCUUCCUCUUGUUUGGUUUGAUGCUUACCACCAUCUACCUCGAGAAAAUGGAACGUGGGGGUCUUUUUGAUAAGCUUCGUGACUCCUUGGACGAUCCCGUGAACUGGAAACGUUCUGCUAAGAUCAUGCUUAUGUCCACGAUCGGUUCCGCCGCUGUGAUGAAUGACUCUGUCGUUCUUAUCUUUUCCGGAGUCGUUGUUGACUUGUGUGUUCGCCACAAGGUCGCCAACUCCCUUCCAUACCUGCUUUCCUUGGCCACCACAGCCAACACUGGAUCUGCCCUUACUCUGACAGGAAACCCUCAAAAUAUYUUGAUUGUUUCUCUUAUGUACGACGACAUCUCGUGGCUUGAUUUUGCCGCAAACAUGCUUUUGCCUGUUGUCGCGGCAUCGGUGAUCAACGCAUCCAUGAUGUUCCUUUACUAUGGCGCUGAACUUUUCCCUGGUUCGUCUGGAAUGAUGGAAAAUAUUGGAAUUAUGUUYUUUGGUAACAGAACUCCCGAGAUGUUGGCUCAAGAGCACGCAUACUAUGCUCGUCAAGCAGCGACCGAGGGCGAAAGCGACGGCAAUGGAUGGACAUUCUGGUCCAAACUCCAGGUCUUGAUCAUUGUGCUUUUCUUGAUCUUCUUUGCAUGUGGAUUUGAUGUAUGCGUAGUUUCUAUCACAACAGGAGCAAUUCUGAUGGUCAUUGCUGCCUACAAGCGUCAACACUACGAUCCUAAGCCUGACCACACUCAGUAUGAUGUCGAAGGAAAUCCUCUGCCACCCAAGAAAACAUACGACAUGGAUGGAAACGAGAUCGAGCCCGAAGAAGAAGAACUUGUCACUGAGUCUGAGACAACUCUGACCGAAGUCGAUUACGGUCUUCUCAUGCUUUUCAUUGGACAGUUCUUGCUCAUCGGAUCUUUCGAUGAUACAGGAGUUCCGCAAGCAUUCUUUGGAUUGAGCAUGGGUAAAUGCGCUGACCAAAUGACUGAAGGUGCCUGUGUGUACUGGUUUGUAACUAUUGUCACAGUUUUGUCGAACAUCGCAUCCAACGUUCCCGUGUGCCAGAUGCUUGCAGCUACGUUCCCGUACGCAACUCCUUACGAUUGGCUGCAGGUAUCGUUCUCUGCAACAAUUGCAGGAAACUUGACCAUGCUCGGAUCUGCUGCUAACAUGAUUGUUGCCUUCCAAGCUGCUAAGGUCGGUGACCGCACUUUCACAUCGGAAAGACACGCACCGUUCGGAAUUCCUUCCACCAUUCUCAGUCUUUACGCCGGUACAUUCUUGCUUGCAACCUUCCACUUCGCCCCAGAAUGUUCCGAACGCCUUGGUGAAUGUGAUGCCCAGUAAACAGAUUUCCUAUGGGUAUACAUUUAUUUAUAAUCUGUCAAUUUUAUUUUAAAAAAAUCAAUGCAUUAUCUAUCU